CGCCUGGCUCGCGCCCCGGCGAGCGCAUGCCCAGUGCGGAUGGGGCAGGCGGCGAUGGUGGAGCUAGGCUGAUGGCGGCGCAGGAGGCGCUGCGCUGAGGACGCUCCGGGAGCCCGUCCCCAUCCCGGCCGCCGCCGCCUCGCCAUGGGCAACGAGGCCAGCCUGGAGGGCGGUGGAGCCGAGGGGCAGCUGCCCCCCGGCCCCGCCGCCGGCCCCUCCACGUCGCCCGGGGCUGCCAAGCCGCCUUCAGCACCAGGCAGCGGAGGACAGCUCCCUCCGGGCAGGGCUCCAGCCGCCGCACCGGGCCCCGCGCAGCCGCACGGACCCUCCGCCAGCACACCAAGAAGACCAGAUCAAUCGGACCCCUCCUUUGGACAGAGAGCAGCUUCCCCAUCCCUAAAACCGGCUGCUCAGACCAGCGAAAGCACAAGAGAGAUGAGGAGCCAUGGGCAGACCCCCCAACAGGCUGAUGGGCCAAGGAGGACACUCCAAGUGGACAGCAGGAGCCAGAGAACAGGGCGUUCACCGUCUGUGUCACCGGAUCGAGGCAGCACCCCUACCUCACCUUAUUCUGUCCCACAAAUUGCACCCCUUCCUAGCAGCACACUCUGUCCUAUAUGCAAGACAACAGAACUCACCUCCUCUCCCAACCAGCCAAACUUCAACACCUGUACACAGUGUCACAACAAGGUCUGCAACCAAUGUGGAUUCAACCCCAACCCUCACCUGACUGAGGUGCAAGAAUGGUUAUGUUUAAAUUGCCAGAUGCAGAGAGCUUUGGGGAUGGACAUGACCACUGCACCCCGUUCCAAAAGCCAGCAGCAGCUACAUUCCCCGGCACUUUCCCCUUCCCAUUCCCCAGCCAAACAGCCACUGCCCCAUGUGGCACCAGGACCAGAGAAACAACCAGGAACUAUGCAGCCAGGCCCCAGGCCAAGUGCUGGUGUCAUGCAGCCUGAGACCCCCAAACCACCCCCCGCUUCAGCCCAGAGGGAACCACCCAGCCAAGCCCAGCCAAAACCUGCUGCUCCUCAGGAAGUGGUGAGGUCUUCCCCUCAGCAUCAGCAAGCAAAGCCUUCGUCCACGGAUCAGAGAAAGACUGUGGGAGACUCUCCAGCUAAGACUUCGGCCCCUGCCCCCAGUGCUGGGGCGCAAGAGCAGCCCCAAGAGGGCCUCACUGGUAAACUCUUUGGAUUUGGGGCUUCCCUCUUGACCCAGGCAAGCACACUCAUGUCUGUCCAGCCAGAGGCCACCCCACCAAGUCAGCAGUCCCCUGGCAAAGUGCCUCCGAAAAUUGUCUUCAGCGAUGCCAGCAAAGAAGCUGGUCCUAAAGCCCCAGGCACCACACCUGGAAUGCAGGGUAAGGCUGGAACUGUCCCGGCUGCAAAGCAAGCAAAAGCAGAACAAGUAAUUAAGCCAAAGGAAGUGCCGAAAGCAAGGGUCUUGUGCCCCCUCUGUAAAGCAGAGAUCAACGUGGGCUCCGGUGAACCCUCCAACUAUAAUACCUGUACAUCCUGUAAGCAGCAGGUCUGCAACAUGUGUGGAUUCAACCCAACACCUCAUCUGGUGGAGAAAAAUGAAUGGCUGUGUUUGAACUGCCAAACUCAGAGGCUGCUAGAAGGAAGCCUAGGAGACCCUGCUCCAAUGCCACUGCCUGCUCCAAAGCAACAGCCAACUGGAUCCCCUCGACACCAACCCGGAGGAAUUGGUCAGCAACAGAGAGGAGCUCCUCAGCAACCUGAAAUGUCAGCUCCUCACGACAGGCACCUUUCACAAGCAAACCAUCUCAGGACUUCAGAACCGAGCAAAUUACCAACCGCUGUCCAAGACAGAAAGCCUCCUGCUCCAUCAGAAGGAAAGCCACUGCCCAAACUACCCGAAGAGCCUCCCAAAGCUUCUGAAAGUCCAUUGCCAAAGGGGAAAACUAUGGCCACAAAACCAGAAGCGGAUAUCAAAGAUAGCACGACCGUAUCCGAGUCUCAGAAAACACGAGAACAGGAGGAAUCCAGUAAGCCUUAUCCACCAGACCUGUCUCGUAGCCCUCAAAGCUUGAGUGACACUGGCUACUCAUCUGAUGGCAUAUCCAGUUCCCAGAGUGAGAUCACAGGCUUAGUUCAGCAAGAAGGAGAACAACUAAACGAAACCGGAAUUGUAGAGCCGAGCCCUCCAAGUCCUUCGGAACUCACUAAGCUGGAAAGCAGCAUGCGGCCCCUACUGGAGUCCAAGGGGCUGGCUCAGGAGCCAACAGACAGAGGUAAAACAUACCACGAAUUACGAGAGGAGCAGAGGGAAAGGCAGAGGCCACGGUCCCUUUCUAUCACCCCGGAAGCCUUUGAUUCUGAUGAGGAGCUAGAAGAUAUCAUGGAAGAAGAUGAAGACUCUCUAGAAUGGGAGAACCAGAAGGAGCAGAGGGACAGCAUGGAAUCUUCAGAUGACUUUGGCAGCAAGCUACGCCACGACUACGUGGAGGACAGCAGCGAAGGAGAGUUCUCCAUCGUACCAACAAGGCAGAAAAGCAAAGAACCUGCAAUGACUGACGAAGAGUUCAUGAGAAGGCAACUCCUGGAGAUGAGCGCAGAGGAAGAUAACCUGGAGGAGGAGGAGGAAUACGAUCGUGUAAAAUAUAGUGUUGCAAAAAACGGGCACAAGCCUGACUCGGAGAAAAGCAGGGAGGCCGCCUUAUCUAAGAGACGCCUGCCUCACAGCUCCGGCAGCAUAUAUGAGGAGGAAAGAAAAGAGCUGGAAAGUACUGAGGGGGAAGACAUGGCUGCAUCUCAGGGAGGUUUGCGGCGUUUCAAAACCAUUGAGUUAAACAGCACUAACAACUAUGGCAGAGACAUGGAGAUCAGCCAAGAGGCAGACAUCAGCCUGGACAGAGAACCAGAACUGGAGAUGGAAAGCCUGACGGGAUCCCCAGAAGACAGGUCAAGAGGCGAAUAUUCUUCCACCUUGCCAGCAACAACACCCAGUUACACAUCAGGAACCUCCCCCACCUCCAUCUCUUCCCUGGAGGAGGACAGCGAUAGCAGCCCUAGUCGCAGGCAGAGGCUGGAGGAGGUCAAGCAGCAGAGGAAAGCCCGGCAUCGCUCCCACGGACCUCUGCUGCCAACCAUAGAAGAUUCCUCCGAGGAAGAAGAGCUGCGGGAGGAAGAGGAGCUCUUGCGAGAACAGGAAAAAAUGCGAGAGGUAGAACAGCAGCGCAUCCGAAGCACAGCUCGGAAAACAAAGAGAGAUAAAGAAGAGCUGAGGGCACAGAGGAGGAGGGAAAGGUCUAAAACGCCACCCAGCAAUCUGUCUCCCAUUGAAGAUGCAUCACCCACCGAGGAACUGCGUCAGGCUGCAGAGAUGGAGGAACUGCACAGAUCUUCCUGUUCGGAAUAUUCUCCUUCCAUUGACUCUGAGGCAGAGGGGUUUGAUGUCAUUGCCUCCAAGCUAUACAAGUCUGGCAGUGAGUACAACCUCCCAACAUUUAUGUCCCUCUAUUCUCCAACAGAAAAAACUGCUGGCUCUGGUUACCCCUCCAACAAGCCCCUGAAAAGUGCGGAAGAAGCUUAUGAAGAGAUGAUGAGGAAGGCAGAAAUGUUUCAAAAGCAGCAACCAUCCCAGCAAAGCGUCUCCUACAGCAACACCUUCCAGCAAGUAGGCUAUCGUGGUUCAGAAGGCCAAAAUAAUUUCGAAUACCAAUACAUAGACGACUACAGCUAUGAUGGCCGGAAUUUAGACUCCUCUCAAGCAGACUAUCAGAACGAACUUUCCAAAUCUGGGGCAGUUUAUGAAGAAAUCCUUCAGACAUCACAGAAUAUCUCCAGGAUGCAUCAAUCCUCUUCUCUGGAUUUGACCCUUGAACAGGAAGUAAAGAAGAAAGGGAGAGAAGAUGCUUAUCAAGAAAAGCAGUUUCUGAAUGCAGAGAGUGCUUAUGAAAGUGGCCCACUCACUCCUGGGACAAGCCCAACCCAGUUGUCUGCUCCUGUCUCCUUUUCCUCCACUGAAAGCAGCGCAGGCAGAAUAAUCCCUGAUGUUCGAGUCACUCAACAUUUCGCAAAGGAGAGUCAGGAGCAGCCAAAGCUUCAUAGCUCACCCACAGCACCUAGUUCAGUUUCAAAGAGCGUAACAACGCCCUACACAUAUGCUAAAGGAACUAGCACCGUCACCACUGUUGUUUCCAGUCCUGUAAGUGCACCACGAAUCUACAGCUCUCCGACUUCUCUGAGUGGCUCAGAUGCACCAUCCGUGUCCACUACUAGCCGAAGUUAUACUCAAACAAAAGUAACAGCCAGCUAUGGUUGUCAAACAGAAAAUAUUUCCAGGGUCAGGAGCGUUGCAGAGAUUAGUGGGCCGUCAGCAAGAGAGAAACUCCAAAGCAUGACUGACAAGUCCACUGGACCCAUGUCGACACCUAAAACAUAUUCCUACUUCAAAAGCUCAAGCCCACCGCUUUCCCCUUCUUCUCCUACUCAGAGCCCCACUCAUUCUGUUCCUAGAGCUGGGGUGCCACCCAGUUCAGGGAUGGGGUUUAAAUCAACUGCAGAGUUUUCCACCCAAACCCAUAGCCCGGUUCUCGCCUACGAUGCCCCCACGACUACCGCUAUGUCAACCUCUUCUCCAAUGGUAGCUCAAGGAACACAAACUCCCUACCGAUCGAGUUCCCCUCGCCUUGCUCGGCAACAAUCAUCACAAGAAUCUCCCAUUAUGGUCAUCACAUUAGCAGCAGAUGCAGUCAUUCAGACCAAGCCGAUUGGUGUAAGUUCCUCCAUUUCACCAGCCUCCUCUCCAACUCGGCAAGGCCGCCAGCAUAGCUACAGUCAGACAGUAAUCCAUGCAGCGCAACUCCAACAAGAGCAGCUGCAGUCCACUUACACAAAGACCCAAUCAGCUCUUGAAAGAGCCUCUGCUCCUAGUGCUGCAAUGCAGAAAGUGCAAACAACUGCUGCUGACAGCAUGCCUGGUGUGUAUAGCUGGGGAACGCUGCCUGCAGAGAACAUUUCUUUGUGUCGGAUAUCAUCAAUACCUGGGACAUCAAGAGUAGAACCUGGACCCAGACCAGUUGGUAGUAAUAUUGUGGACCUGCGGACUGCAAUAAAGUCAGCUCCAAUCAUUAUAACAGACCAAGGGAUGGAUCUCACAUCCCUAGCUACAGAGAGCAGAAAAUACUGCCUCACUAUGGACCAGUUACCGAGUCGGCAGUCCAGCACCAUCCAACCCUUAAUUAUCAACCUUAAUGCCCAGGAACAGCCCCAUGCUAUCAUAAGCACAGCCACCACGGUCAGCAUCACUGUUGCAUCUUCCAUGCUUGUGUCUCAGCCAAAGCAUCCUGCGGUCUAUGGAGACCCUUUCCAGAACAGAGUGGACUUUGGUCAAGGGACGGGGAGUCCUGUCUGCCUGACACACAUUAAGCAGGUAGAACAAGCAGUUCAGACUGGUACUUUCAGAGGAGUUGGUAGCGGCACUGGAAUUUCUGCUUCUGCGGGCCGUCCAGAAGCCGCAGGUCCCCAGCAAGCGAAAUUUGCAAGAUACAAUUUGCCCAACCAGAUGACAUCCUUGAUGAAAAAAGAUGCCCUGAUCACUCAGACCAACAAUGCACAGAAUAUUGUGAGUGCCAUUCCCAGACCGUUUCCUCAGGACCAAAGUUCAGAGGUGUAUAGAGGGAUCCCAGUGGAACUGAAAACUCAGACACCCCCAGUCACCAUUGGGACUAAGAAAUCCCAGGUUAUGAUGGUGCAGAUGGAUGAUAUUGCAGCAGGCCCUGUCACCAAACUCAUCAAAGAGGAACCUCCUCCCAAUGCCUUGGAUCUCACAGGGAUGAAGCCUGAAAGUCAAGUAGCAUGCUGUGACGUAGUGUACAAAUUUCCCUUUGGAGGCAGCUGCACUGGGGCUUUUAACCCUUCUUCCAAGGUGCCAGAGAAAAAUGUUGGGGAUGCAGCAAGUGCUGACAAACCUAGUGGCCAGUACUAUGGCGGCAGAGAACAGGAAGUGGCAGAGGCAUAUCCUUAUCGAGAACAAGCAGCACCAGGGCCUAAUCCGUACGAGGAGCACAGAUUCUACCAUCAUGGCCUGUUUGGGAGACUGUAUUCCUCAAUGUCAGAUACAAACCUUUCUGAAAUGGGCUUGAACUAUUACCCAGUUAAGGGAGGGCAGCCCUUCAACACUCCUGCUGGGGAUUCCGCUGUGGAUCUGACAACCAUGAAACCUCCGUACAGCCACAGCUUCACCGAGGGAGGCUACAUGGGGCACGGAAUGCAGUACGGCUCUUUCUCUGACCUCAGGCAGCCCAGUGACUUGCUGAGCCAUUCCUACCCAAUGCGGAGAUAUAGCUCAGCCUCCAAUAUCUACUCUGACUACAGGUAUUCGCUAAGAGGGGACCUGGCAAAUUUCCAGGAAGCCAGCCUGGCUCAUUAUAGCGCCACAACAGCUCGCGAAAUCAGCCGAAUGUGUGCAGCACUCAACUCUAUGGACCAGUACGGUGGCCGGCAUACAAACAGCUCAGAUCUUCUCCAAUAUGGACAGUAUGGGCCAGGAGGGGGCGGAGGCAUCUCGGCCCAGCAGGGUGCCAUGAAAUCAAACAUGAUGUACAAGCCAAAUUUCCCAGAGUCUGGCCAAGGCUAUGGAAACCUAGCCCAGUACAACCUCUCCAGAUUUGGAGCUGUCAGACAGGGACUCCCUUCCACAGCCACCGUACGAGCUGCUGAUGGCAUGAUUUAUUCAACCAUCAACACACCAAUAGCAUCAACUCUCCCCAUCACUACCCAGCCAGCUUCUGUGCUGCGCCCCAUGCUCCGAGGCCUAUAUAGACCCUAUGCCCCAGGCAGUAUCACAGCUGUCCCUCUGGCCAGCUUGACCAGAGUUCCUCUAGUUGCUCCCAGGAUCCCCCUUGCAUCCCAAGGUCUGUAUCGUUAUCCAGUGCCCAGCAGACUCCCAGCAGCUCCCACAUCUUCAGUAAUGGAAACACCAAUGUAUUUGGGGAAGCCUGUUAGCACCACUGCAGCCAGCACUGCUGCCAGUAGCGUAAGCCCAGCACCAGCUUCCAAGCCCUCGGCUCCGACUGCUGUCCCCUUGCAAAGGCCUGAGCAGAAAGGCAGAGAGGAGGCUGCUGCAGUGACUUCUGGGGUGCAGAGUACUGUCAGGGAUGCCAGCCAAGGACAGCAGCAGCAGCAGCCACCGCCACCACCGCCUCCACCACCACCACCACCACCACCAACCCAGAAACAAGCCGAAGCUACCCAGCCCAGCAUUGCCAGCAAAGCAGCCACAGAAAGGGAAGAAAAGGAGAAGGAGGAAGAGAGGCAGAGGAAGCAGCAGGAGCACAUCCUCCAGAUUGAAAGGGAAAGAGUCGAGCUAGAGAAACUGAGGCAGAUGAGGCUGCAUGAGGAGCUGGAGCGGGAGCGAGUGGAGUUGCAGAGGCACAGAGAGAAGGAGCAGCUGCUGAUGCACAGGGAGAUCCAGGAGCUGCAGUCCAUAAAGCACCAGGUCCUGCAACAGCAGCAGGAGGAGCGCCAAGUCCAGUUUGUGCUGCAGCGGGAGCAGCUGGCCCAGCAGCGCUUGCAGCUGGAGCAGAUCCAGCAAUUGCAGCAGCAGCUGCAGCACCAACUGGAGGAGCAGAAGAGGCAGAAGAGCACCUUCCCUCCCGUCUGUGACCCUUCGGGGAGGCUCCCUCCCCAGGCCGCGUCAGAGAUGACCAUAGAAAUGCAGCGAACCCUUGCUCAAAAUGGGCAAUACUGGCCACCCAUGAACCAAGCAUUUAUAGCUACUGCGGCCCCAGGGCAAGACGGGCAAGGGCAGCCUCGCUACCCUGGACUCCAGAGGCCUCUCACCAACUCAGCCUCUGAAAUGUCCCUGCAGACGGAAGACCAGUGGGAAGCCGGUCGGGGGAUCAAGAAGAGGAACUCCAUGCCGCGUCUCCGGGAUGCUUAUGACAAGGAGCCAGGCCACGAGCCAUAUGUUGCCGUGAAGAAGAUCACAGACAGCAGUGUGCAGACGGAUGAGGAAGAUGGGGAGGAGCGCUUCUAUGCAUCCCGCCGCCGGCGGACCCGGCGCAGCACUGACUGCAGUGUGCAGACGGACGAGGAAGACAACGGCGAGUGGGAGCAGCCCGUGCGGCGCCGGCGCUCCCGCUUUUCGCGGCACUCAGACUCCACCGCAGAAAGCAAGCCAGACUCUUCGGCCAAAGGCACGGCUAGCAUAGCGAUCCAGACUAUCAGUGACUGCUCUGUUCAAACCGAACCUGACCAGCUCCACCGAGUGUCCCCUUCCAUCCACAUCACCACCCCUGACCCCAAGGUGGAGAUCGUGAAAUACAUCUCUGCCCCUGAGAAGACCCAGCGAGGAGAGAGCCUGGCUUGCCAGACGGAGCCGGAAGCACAGCCACAGCCAGGCAUCGUGAUCCCCCAGCUCACUGUGCCUACGACGAUUACGCCUUACUCCUCCAACAUCCAGAUCGUAAGCACAGGCCCCCUGGAUCCCCAUUCAGUCCGACAGCAGGCCUUGGGGAAGAAGAAGCCCGACCCACUUGAAAUUGGCUACCAGUCCCACCUGCCGACAGAUUCCUUGUCUCAGCUGGUGUCCCGUCAGCCUCCCAAGUCCCCCCAAGUGCUCUACUCCCCAGUCUCACCCCUGUCCCCACAUCGGCUGCUAGAGUCUUCCUUCACAACCAGCGAGAGGCUCAACAAGGCCCACGUGACCCCGCAGAAGCACUUCACAGCCGACACCACCCAGCGCCAGCAGACCCUACCUCGCCCCAUCAAAACCAUGCAGCGGUCCUUAUCUGACCCCAAGCCCAUCAGCCCAACAUCAGAGGAGUCUGCAAAAGACAGGUUCUCCUUGUAUCAGCACGCGUUGCUUCCUGGUAGCCAGAUUUCAACCCUGCAGUCAAACACCCUCAUUCGGAAAGUGAAACGGACAUUGCCUAGCCCCCCACCGGAAGAAGCUCAUCUCCCUCUGGCCAGCCAAGCUCACUCACAGAUGUACAUGCCGGGCCUCAUGCAGAAGGGAGUGGCAGGGCCAGCCAUUCAGGUGACAAAGGCCAGCCUCCUCAAAGACAUUGACCGCGACUUGAAGCUAGUGGAGCACGAGUCCACAAAGCUGCGGAAGAAACAGGCUGAGCUUGAUGAAGAAGAAAAGGAGAUUGAUGCCAAACUGAAGUACUUGGAACUGGGGAUUACGCAGAGAAAAGAGUCUUUGCUGAAGGACCGGAACGUCCGUGACUAUCCCUACCUGAGAUGCUUGGGGGAAAACAGGGAUUAUAUGUCUGACAGCGAGCUCAACAACCUACGACUCUCUGGCUAUGAGAGUCUGACCAGGCCUAGUACUGCCCCUUCCAAUCAGUACGCUGACUUUUCCAGUGCACAGUACACAUCGGCCUCCUCUUACACCCCAUAUCAGUACUCCUCGGGACAAGCUGCCCCACCAGCCCCAGCCGCAUUCCAGCAAGCAAGGUUUCAGCCUCCACACUACCCCUCAGCAAGCAAUGUCCCUGCGCAGAACGGAUUCCAAGCAAGCCAGAUGCCGGCCUACCCUUCCCAAACGACAUACCAGAGUCACAGCUUUACUCCAAGCACCGGGUAUCAGUCUGAACAGGUUCUGCAAAGUCACCAAGGCUUCCGGCCACCUUACCAAGCACAGACCACGUAUCCCAGUCAGACACCUCUGCAGCCAGCGCAGAGCGCUCUUUUCCAGACCCACGCGGACACACACACCACCUCCCAGAAACCGCGGCAGACAUCGCUAGCUGACCUCGAGCAGAAGAUGCCCACCAAUUAUGAAGUAAUAGGCAACCCCACUGUGGUCAUCUCAGCCGCAACUCCAGAAGUGACAUACAGCACCACAACUGUGACCAGCAGCUACGACCAGUACAAGCCGCCAGAAGGAAGGCUGGUGGACAGGAGCGGUGUAGCCCAAAGUCCCUCGACCAGCUAUUCCUCUGACUCCCUCUACACCAACCUGGAGCAGAACAUUCCUCGGAACUAUGUAAUGAUUGAUGACAUCAGUGAACUAACCAAAGAAAGCAGCUCAGCAGAGGGCCAAAAAGGAGAUUCGCAGUUGCAGAGCAGCAAUGGGCGAUAUAUGAAAGAAAAGAGUGACUUCACAGACACAGAUGUCUCCAGCAGGCCUUGUUGCUACCCAAAGGGAGAAGAGUCAGAGGAGGACAUGUAUGAUCACCACGGCCCUGACCAUCGUGGGAGAGGCUACCAUAGGGGCCCAGAGAGCAAUGGGAGGAUGUCGGGUAGCUCCGGCUCCUACUACUAUGGGGACAGUGAUUACAGGCACUCCACUCGCCCAGACAAGCCUGGGUCCACCAUGGGAGUGCAGAAGCACUCUUCCAAAAACUUGGCCCCAGCUGUCAUCUCUUCCAAACGCAGCAAGCAUCGGAAACAAGGUAUGGAGCAGAAGAUCUCAAAAUUCUCCCCUAUAGAAGAAGCGAGAGAUGUGGAAUCAGACCUGGCCUCUUACCCAGCAACCACGUCAGUCAGCAGCAGCAGUGUGGCAUCAAGAGCAAAGAAGAUGCAAGACGACAUCACAUACGGCCUCAAAAAGAAUGUAUAUGAACAGCAGAAGUACUAUGGUGGGUCUGCCAGGGAUACGAUGGAAGAAGAUGACAGGGCAUACAGUGGCGGGCGAUCAAGAUCGUCUGGCUAUGUGUCGGAGAGAAUGUCGAGCCGCGAGAUCAGGAGCAGGUCCUACGAGAGAGAGAGCAUGGAGAGGCCUCAGAGAGGCAGUUCCAAACCUUCUUCCCUUAGCAUGAGUCAAAGUCGCGGGCGACCUCCAAUUCGCACACAAACCUCAGAAGAAGAGAGCCCCAUCAGUCCUUUGGGGAAGUCCAUGGGCGUAUCGCGGUCCUCAGGUGGGCCUCUCCCUCAGUCUGCUGGGGACAGCUGCUCUCAGUUCUGCUCCAGUCACUCAUUGCCUGAUGUACAAGAACAUAUCAAAGAUGUGCCAAGAACCCACUCUUACAAGCAUGAAGAAGGUUACAUCAUGGAUGAUUCACACUGUGUUGUUUCAGACAGUGAAGCCUAUCACUUGGGUCAGGAGGAGACAGACUGGUUUGAUAAGCCGAGGGAACCUCGUUCGGAGAGGAUGAGGCAUUAUGGUGGCCACUCCUCAUCCUCCCAAAGGAGGGGUCCAGUUAAGCACACCUAUCACGACUAUGACGAGCCCCCGGAUGAAGACAUGUGGCAUCACGAUGACUACUCUCACCCGCGACACUCCUCUUCCAAAGAACACAGGCACCAUGGAGACUACGGGAGGCAUUCGUCCUCCUCCCGGCACUCCACCGAUGACCUGCCAAAGAGGUCAUCCAGGCAACAUCCCAGAGAUGCUGGCCGCCACGAGUCACGCGGACAUGGGCAGCCCUCUUCCCAGAAGAAGGCUCAGCAGGCCGAUAUAAGAGCGCAGCCAGGUUAUCCUUCCAGCUCCUCAGAGUACUCCCAGCAGUCUCGGCAGCCGUCGGGCUACCAUCAUACCUCAGAGUCCCAAAAAUCGCAGAGGCAGGUGCAACAUGGGCCGCCAUCUCAGCAGCCAAAAUCGGAGCCUCUUUCGCACCAACAGCAGCAGCAAGCGAGGCAGCAGCAAGUUGGGCAGCAGCAGCAGCAGCAGCCGUCAUCCAGGCAGCAGCAGCCGUCGAGCAGACAGCAGCAGCAGCAGCAAGCAGCUCCCUCGCAACAAUCUUCUCAGCAACAGCAACAGCAAGCUAGGGUGCAGCAGCAGCAGCAGCAGCAGCCACCGCCAGCAGGAACCCAAGCCCAGCCCUCCUCACGGCCAGCCCAACAACAGCCUGGCCAAGCCCAGCCAGCAGGCAAACCCCAGUCUGCCCUCCAAGCACAACCUGGCACUCAUCCAGCAGGACCAUCUAAAGCAGAGCAGAUGGAUGCAUCCAAACCUACCACAAAAGUGCCACAGGUGGGGAAAACACCCCAAACACAGCCACUGGGAGCAGCAGCAGGAGGCAUUAAGAUAGGUUCCAAACCAGCAGGUGCUCCCACUUCUGCAGGGGCAGCGACUGGACUGCCAGGAGCUGAGGGAGAGAGCGUCUUCUCCAAAAUCCUGCCAGGAGGGGCGGCAGAACAAGCAGGCAAAUUGACAGAAGCUGUGUCAGCUUUUGGCAAGAAAUUCACAUCAUUUUGGUGAGAGAACAUCGCUGGGAGUUUGGGAGAAUAAAUGGAGAUCUCAUCAUUGCACUGGAAAAACCUAUGAAGAAUCCAUUGGAAUUCAGUCUGCCGCACCAGACUCUGGGUAUAACAAGAGCUCACUGAAAGGACUGCAUGCUUUUUGAUUUGAGGGGGAAAUUGAACUUAUCCCAGCUGAGCUUUUGAAACCAUGGAAAACCACUAGGCUGCGAGAUGGAAGGCGGAAGAGAUCUUUAUGGAGACAUUUGCCAGUGGAUCCCAUAAGAAGCUCCUUGAGGACAUCUGAGCCAACUGUCGCAAAAGGCUUUCAGAAGCCGCCUGCUGUCAACUCCACGGUGUUCGUUGCAUGAGCCCCAAGGGGUGAAGGCAGACGCUUAGUCUGAGAAGAUGUACAUAAAAGACGUUUACAGAACAUGGCCCGGUCCCAGCUUGUCACACAGACUGGCCACUUCCCUGAUCCUGGAGGGGAUGUCUGGGGCUCCAGAGACUACUCACUGCGGUGGUUCCAUUUGUGCCUAAGGUCUAAUGUUGGGAGCCAUGGCCCUUUCUUGAGAUUAUACGCAGAGUUUUCUCUCUUACUGAAUUUUAACUCUAGAAUCUUCAUAGGUUUUUCCCACUCUCCAAGAUGUGCUUGAGUCGAGGGCUGGGAGCUGGAGGCUCUGCUCUUCACAUUCCAGUUUGCCCUGUCGGUCGCUCCGCCUGCACAGUGUUUGUUCCCUCUCAUCCUCCCUGCAAUGGAAAGCAUGGGAUGAAGAGAACUUCGACUAGGACCUAACACUGUUUCACCACUGAGAUAAGAGGCCAUAGGACUCUGAAAGGCAGUGCAAACUGGCUGACUAUUGACUGAAGCAAAUGCUGGCCAGGCAUGUCUAUCAGCCACCCCAAAGCCAUCCUGAAGCCAUUCUAAAGCAUUCAAAUGGCAGUGCUUUCCGUUGUUAGUGUUGUGCAUUGUUUUAUGUAUGCCUGGGGAUUAUUUUUAUUUCAAAAACAGCCUUAAUCAUUCCACUUUUAUUUAUGCGUAUACCUCAUCAGCACCCAGCAACUGGGGGUUUGGAUUUA